GGGCGAGCGCGAGACAGCGGGGCGAGCGCGCAGACGCGACCUCAAACCCGUCGUCCGCGCACGCGAGUCCCAAUAAAACGCUGGGCCGGAUGCAGCGCGGAAUCUGGUGCGCAGGGCUGACGCGCGCGCGCAGCAUCCUCUCCGGCGUCCGGGGGUGAAUGAGGAGGGCCGGCGGCCGACAGGGAGGGGUCCUUUGAUAACGGGGCUGCCUCCUGCUGGAUGGAGCCCGGCUCUGGGCAGGCGGCGAUGGCCACGGGCGACGCGGCGAAGAAAGCUUCGUGCCGGAACGUGGCGGUGGAGCGAAAAAACCUCAUCACCGUCUGCAGGUUUUCCGUCAAGACGCUGUUGGAGAAGUACACGGCCGAGCCCAUCGAUGACUCAUCGGAGGAGUUCAUCAAUUUUGCCGCCAUCCUUGAGCACAUCCUCAGCCACCGAUUUAAGGGCUCCGGGAGCUGGUUCGACGGCCAGAGAAGCUACUGGGACUACGUCCGUCUGGCCUGCGCCAAAGUCCCCAACAGCUGCAUCGGCAGCAUCGAGAGCAUGGAAAACAUCAGCACCUCGCGGGCAAAGGGCCGAGCCUGGAUGAGAGUGGCCCUGAUGGAGAAGAGGCUCUCUGAAUACGUGGCCACGGGCCUGAGGGACGGCCGGACCACCAGGAGGUUUUAUGCGGAGGGAUCCAUCAUGCUGCGGGAAGAAGCCACGGUGCUGACAGGGAUGCUCAUAGGCCUCGGAGCCAUAGACUUCAGCUUCUGUCUAAAAGGGGAAGCUCUGGAUGGGAAGUCGUCCGCCGUCAUUGACUACACGCCCUACUUGAAAUUCACACAGAGCUACGACUACCUGAGCGACGACGACGACCGGCGCAGCGUCGACAGCAGCGCCAGCGACGACAGCCUCCCCGAGCAUCCCUACAUCCCCCUGGUCGCCGAGGAGGAGAGCUGGAGCACCAAGUGCCGGAAGAUGGAGCAGAGGUUUAAGAUCGUCAACGCUCAGAAGGGUUACCUGGAGGAGCUGGUGCGCCUGCGUGAGUCCCAGCUGAAGAACACAGAGGCGGACAACAAGAGGCUAAAGGCCAGGCUGGAGGAGCUGCAGAGCCAGAGCCAGCAGGAGAAGAAGGACCUGGAGGCCGUCAUCCUGGAGCUCCAGGAGCAGCUGACCAGCUUGAUUCCGUGUGACCCCCACCACCUGGCCAAAGACCCUUCAAUCCCCCUGGUCAACCAGUGGCCGGUGCUGCAGCCAUACAACAGCCAGGACGACGCCAAGUUGUUUCGCAGGAGGAGUUUCCCCAGCACCGAGUUGCUGUCGGUGGAAAUCAGCCUGGAUUCAGACUCUCAGAGGCCGGAGGAGAAGCAGAACGGAGGAGCCUGGAACGCAGGAAAGGAUUAUACCCCCUCCAUGAUGGGUCUGUGCGGAUCCUUGGUCUCCCUCCCGAGCUGCAAGUCUCUGGCCAGCCUCAAGUCCAGCGAGUGCCUGGUCAACAUCAGCUCAGAGAACAGUCCUGCCCCGUCUCCCAGCUAGGGGGCGCCAAAGACACACCGCCGCCCCCUCAAAGGACACAAAGACAAUGCACCGGAAAACAGAACGGCAAAGGGGACAAAUGACCCUUAUGAGUCCCUUUACCUUCACCCUCUGAGCCCUCUCACCUUACAUCUCUCAAGCAUUUGCCUUCCAGUCGGGGUUUUUCCAACGACUGCUGCCCGUCCGCCCGACGGCCUCCUUCCGUCUCGCUGUCUUUUACCGCUCCGACAUGAAUAAGCCUCGUGGAAUGCAAACAGCUGAUUCAAGCUUGACCUCUCUGACAUCCUGGCAUUUGAGUUUGUGUAAUUCUAGUCAGGCAUACGUUCAUCAAAGUGUUCCCGUGUGUUUGUCUGCGUUUUAUCAGCCGGCGCAUCUCUUUCUGUCUGUUGCGUAAUACUGGCAGGGCGGAUGAGGAUGGAAAGAGAAACACGCUGAGAUGCGAGCUGGGUCCAAAAUGUAGAAGAUCAUUCAAAUAACCUAACAAAAGCAGCUUUGUGAUGAUAGGAUGAAUAACAGCGCUGGCCUCAUUCAAUCAUGUCGUAGUUUAGGGAUUUUUAGAUCGAGGCCAUGGUUUGCAGAGCCACCACCACGUGAACAUAACACAUCUAAUAUUGUGUCAUAUCUAUUGCUUGGAAGACAAAAUGCAUUGUGACUAUGCAGAAGAAAUGUCUUCAUUGGCGUUUUCUACAAACCUUGAUAGAACAGUUUGAGCAGGAGCGAGGUAGUGAAUGUACACCAUGCACAUGUGUGUCAUUCAGUUAAUGUCCCCUUUUUUCUUUUCUAUAACAUACUGACUUGUAUAAUUUACCAUCAUGUAAAAUGCAAUCUCAUGCAGUGUUUAUAGUUGGGAUAUAUUGUUUUAUUUAAAAUGCAAUAAAACUGCCUUUUUCGAAACAGUAAA